AUGGUCGGAACUUCUGAAAGUGAUGGCGAUGCACUACAAGAUGAAACUUAUAAACCCAAUGUGAGAUGGGCGAUACCGCAAAAGCUGAAUAGUAUGACUUUUGUUGGAAGAGAUGUCAUCGCAGUAGCUCACGAUAUUUACAUAAUUUUCUUAAAUUUAAAAACGAAUACUGAGUUAGUAUAUGUUGCUAAUGAAAAGAAUAAGGGAGAUGGCGUCGAUGUUGUAACAGGUCACAGGUCCCAUCUUUUUGCGUUUGCUGAAAAAACAAAAAAUCCUCGAAUUUUUGUUGUAAACUACCCAGUUUUUCAUAUAUUAGCAGAAUUGAAAGACAGCGACGUAAAUCGAUACAAAGGCCUCUGCAUGAUGGAGUCUGACUUGAUCGCGGCCUUUAGCGGUUUUCCCAACUAUCUCAUAUCAGUGUGGAGUUGGCGAACUCUUCAGCGACUGGUUUCGAUUCCUACCGGGGUAGUGCGACGAAGUCAGAUUUACAUGGCCAGCCGUACACAUAUGCUGUUAUGCCAAUGCUGGGGCGAAGGUCUCACCGUUUGGGAGGUGGCACAAUGUUAUAAGCGUUGCUUGAUGCUUAAACGUAAUAAGGAAGAAGUGACAGGAUGGGACGUGCCUGACCCUAAACUCGUCAAUGUGUGCUGGAGUAAUGAAGGACAAUUAUAUGCCAUUGAUGACGAAGCCAAUCUCUAUAGUCUGCUGUCUGAUGGAAUAGGUAUGGUCACAAACUUGGAAUGGUCAGAAAACCUAAAAGGCACUCAUAAGCCUUGUAUGUGUUCAUUUGGCAAUGGCAUUUUGAUCUACGGUCCUGAUUCGUGCAUCCGGUUUCUCAAAAAAGUUGAACAUAAAUGGCAAGUUGCUUGGAAGUACAUUACUGACGAUGAAGUGGUACGUCUGGUGUCCAACUCUUCCUCAGACGUCGCUAUUAUGUGGACGAGGAAAGGUUUUGUUUAUAAAAUUAUUGCCGAAUCAGAAGAGAAGAUCGAAGUUAAGCUUUUUACUUUUAAACAAAGAAAUAUUAAGAAAAUCCAGUUGAUCGCUCCAAGUUAUACUCACAUCGCAACAAUGAAUAAUGUAGGCGUUCUUUGUCUAUACGAAGUGGUAACUGCAAAAUUAGUACUUGUCAAAUACGUAAAGGGAGAUGAUAUAUCUUUUGAAACCAGUCCGGUUGAUCCACUGUUGAUAAUUUAUGGUGAAGUUGGCCAUAAUUAUGGGAUGGCUCUCUUUACAUAUAGCCCAGAAGAGAGCCUACAAAAUGUCGGCAGUAUGUGCUUAACACACCAAAUCGUUUCACGAGUUGUAUUUUCAAGGACGGGAAGAGAAUUAGUCGCCGCUGCUAUGUCCGCGGGUCACAUAUUUAUUCUAAAGUUAACAGAAGAUUACAAGCUUACCCUAAUUCGAUAUACAGAGUUGGGUCGAGGGCUUGCUGACUGUUAUCUUAUGAAGGUAGGAGAAUCAAUCCGAGUAUUCAGCCUCGUUCUAUUCUCAGAUAAAUACGCAAUAGGCGAGCGUAUAAUAUGCAUAAACGCGGUGACGGGCAAGGAUAAUAAGUUUGCGGGCAAGAUGGCAGGUCCUUAUGCGCAGCUAGUGCCUCUUCACACGCGGGAUACAGCUCUUGCAGUUCCUCACAUGUCGUCGCAGAUGCACGUGUUACGACUCUCUGGGGACAAAGGUAUAACGGUAUCUGUGAAAAUGGGGCCAGUGGUCGAGACCGGACAUCAUUUAAAACAUUUUCAAGCUUUUUUCAACAAUGGCGCUCUUCUUACAUAUGGCGCCGAUGGAACUGUUAUACUUCGGCUACCAAACGUUUUUGAGGAAUUUGAAUUGCAACUAAUAGUAACUCAUCGGUAUGAGUCUAGUGUCGAACAAGCUGUUAUAGAUGCAGAGAAUCGGUUCAUCGUUUCCCUCGCCAAUAACAAAACUUUUGCGGUACAUUUCCUUCGCAAGAUCAAAUCAGAAAGGCGUGAACUACAGCAUACUCCACCCGACGUAAAUCUUUUUGACGAAAGCACAAAUACUAUUACUAUCAUCGACAAAAAUGAUAAAAACUACUUGGAUCUGCAGGAGGACAAGAAAGUAAAAGAAGAAGCUAUGGAUUACAAAAAGCAACGUGAAGAUGUGGUUCGGUCACUAGAGACGGUACAGUCGCGGCUUGUAGAACUCCUCGAGGAGAAUCUCGCAGAACGUCCUUUGCACCAACUUUCAUUGUCUGAGUUUAACUUACACCUUGAACACAAGAAAGAGCGCAUAAAACUGGCAGAAAAAGAGCGUGAACAAAUUCGUCUUGUGACAGAAGCACGUAUCCGUGCACAGGAUAAAGUGACAGCGUGGAUCAAGUCACAAUGUUGGGAUACCAUGCUAACUCCGAGAGUCAAACUAUUCGCCAUAUUCAGUCAUUAUCAAGUAGAGAACUAUGCAGUUCUUCCGACGCAACGAGAUAAAUGGCCUGAGUUACAACAGAUCGAAGCAUUACGUAGCAUUGAGAUGGAAUGUGAUGCUAACUUGUUUCGACCAUGGGAAGAACACACUGAGGGAUUAAGCAUAGAAGAAAAUCAAGCACAGAUGGGUCCUCAAUCAAUGUUAUCGGUGAAAGAAGGUCGUAAAAGUACUGAGAGCCAGCUCAUUGCAGAGACUGUAGAACCAGACGAGUCGCUGGAGGGCGAACCCUAUGUUCUCUCCGGCUCUAACGCACACCGGUUUAUUCAGAUACCAACAUUUAUGAUCCCGCAAACAAUGGCCUACAGCUUCCUACAAAUGAACUGGUUGCAGCAUAUUGUUAAAUUAAACGUUCAGAAUAUGCGACUGUGGUUCAAUAAAGAAUUCGACGAGUUAAUGAAUCAAAAGAAGCGUGAGAUUGGUCUUGUAGAUGAAAGGAAUGCUCGUCUUCGUUUUAUAAUUGAUGAACUAAAUAAACUAUCUGACUUACGUGGAAGUUUUCAUCAUUUGACUAUACAAAUUCGUGAUCCCGAGUGGCAACAGGAAGAACAACCACACCGACUUAUUAAAGUGGAUCCCGAGGAAUGCAGUAUCGAGCCGUACAUAAGUCCAAGCCAGGUGGUGAUUCCGCCGCCGGAACCGCGACCUCCGGACGAUUUUCGUGAACGAGCUCUCAUGUAUAUGAUGGACGGUGUACUCGAAAAACUCUGGCACGAGGAGAUCAAGAAACCCAUUCCUAUGCCGCUCUGCAUGUUGGAGAAAGAACCGGAACAUUUUAAUGAGGAUGACUUGCGACUAGUUUUCGAUUACGAAGCAAAAGUUAAAUUUAGAAACGAGGAACGUGAUAAAUACAGGAAAAUGCUUCACGCGGAAUAUGCCAAAUUAUCACAAAUACUUAAUGAAGGAAUUGUGAAGUUCAAUCAAAGGGUAAAGGAAACGUGGUUAACAAAGUUAAGAGUUGACUCAGUUAUUGGACAAGAAAACUUAAAUCUUAUGAGAUUACGCAGAACUAAUUUGGAUCGCGUUGAGAUGGCUGAAAAAUUAGAAGAAAUGAGAAGCGACAUAAGAAAAUAUGAAGGAGAAGUAGAAGUACUUCAGCGGGAAAUGCAUUUGAUCCAAGAACAAAACGAAGAGUGUCAGGCUGCAUACGACGCUCUCACGCAGAAGGACAAAUACCUAGAUCGCACCUUUAAGAAUCACUUUUCUGAUCUCUCACCUAUUAUAGUUGACCAGUGCUACAAGUUUUUUAAAAAGAGGCCAAAAUGGCAUCAACGUGCAACGAUGAUAUCGGUUGUACUCUACGACUUAGCAAACGCUGUAUUAACUGGAAUCCGUCCUCCACUUUUACACGCAGACUGCGUCGAAUUCUUUAAGGGCGUUGAGCAGUUGGACCAGAUAAGCAACAUGCCGCCGGUAAUGGACGAAGGUCUCUGGGCGACUAUGUGCAAACUCCGUCGAACUAAAAUCGAGAACGAAAUACGUAUGCGCGCGGUUGCGCAGGAGAUGUCGUGCGUCGAGGCGGCGGCGGCGGCGUGGCGCGCGGCGGUAGCGGCGCGGCGGCUGCGCCUCGCGCGCGUCGCCGACGACACGGCGCAGCACCGCCUCGCGGCCGAGCUGGUGGCCAGGAACUACACCAUACAGUUGGUAUUACCGGCGGGACAAGUAGAGAUAAUCACAUCGGGUCACAUUGAGGAUUUCGAGGAUGCUACUCUUAUACCUCGAGAUGAGAUCGAGAAGGUCAACGAUGUUAUUCUGAAAGUAGGAGACUGGAAAUUGAAAAUGAUGAGAAAGCAGAUAGAAUUUCGUAAAGGGAUUUUGUCGAAGGAAUGGGAACACGCACAGAUGAAAAUGAAAUUGCGCCAUAUGGAGCAGGAACUUCAAUCUUAUCGAAGACUAAAGGUACCUAAAGAACUUCAAAAUUAUUUAAAAAACCUAGAGUUAGGUUACACAGACGAACAGGACUACGUGCGUAUGGAAAAAGAAAUCGAAGCAUCAAAAACGUCUGUUAAUAAGAUAAUCAAUGAGCAAAUACGUAAAGUUGAAGAAAUUGAGGUGAAAAUCAAUGCACUGGACGCUCAGGCUCAGCAUUUGGAGAAAUCAAUAGUCUCGCUAAAUGUGAAAGUUUCAGAGAAGAAACUGAAUGAGGAUCCAUUAGAGCCAAUUCGGAUUCGACGUAUUUUCAAAAAACGCUUGGAGACGCUGGUGAUGCGCAGCAAGCUGGUCCGCGAAGUACAGACGAACCAUACGCGCAUUGUACUGCUGCAGACGGAACUCGAGUUGCUGCGACUGAAGACGUACCCCACACUCGCUAGCUUCCGUACAAUUAAUUAGAACUUAAAGUUUGAUAUAUAAAUAAUUUGUUUAGGGAGUGGGCUCCAGAUAUCCAGCGAAGUUAGCGUGGUGAAAGACACCUCCCACACUUACGAUCGCUCACGGCUUCCUUUUAUUUGUGUCACAUUUUCUUUGAGUACAACAAAAAUGAACCAGAAAUAGCUUUUGCUAUUGC